CAGGCGCUUAGUUACUCUAGCGACAAAUUCGUUUCUAUAUACGUUUACACCGGUCAUGAUCGUAGCUGAAGGAUAGAAACAAAACAAUCAGUUUGUCGUACAUAAUUUCUUUAAUAAGUAGAAGAUUAUGUUCGUUCUGAGAGUAAGAGACGUCAAGAUACCAAGGGCCGAGUAAACUGCGUAGAAGUGAGAGGAGAAAUUGUUUGAUUUCCAGGCGAGCCACUCCAAUCGUUUUGCAGUAAUCACUGUAUUUCGGCCAUUCAUUCAGAAUUUCUUGGGUGGAAAGAGUUUUGCCGCAUCCGUCAGUCCUGAGGCGAAGAUGUCGUUCGAAGAGGAAAAACAGAAAUUCUUGACGAUGCCGUUAGAGGAAAAAAGAAAAUAUUACAAGGGAAUCGUAACCACGUUAGAUGAAAUUCCAACAUGGGUGGAAUACUGGAACAAAAAUAAAUCUAAUAUCGGUCUAAUGAACCUCGAGAAAAUCGAAAAAGUCGACGAAGAUGUAACUAAGAAAAUUUCGAUAUGGCAAGGUGAUAUCACGUCUCUUGAAAUAGAUGCGAUCGUUAAUGCUGCAAACUCGAGUCUGCUUGGCGGUGGUGGAGUUGAUGGAGCUAUUCACAAAGCUGCUGGACCAAAUUUAAAGAAAGAAUGUGCUACUUUGGGAGGAUGUCAUGUCGGAGAGGCUAAAAUAACCGGGGGUUAUAUGUUGCCUGCAAAGUAUGUCAUUCAUACGGUUGGCCCGCAAGGGGAGAGACCAGAAAAGUUGAGGGAAUGUUACGAAAACAGUCUAGCAGUUGCCAGAGAGAAUAAGUUACGCGUAAUCGCUUUCCCUUGCAUAUCGACGGGAAUUUAUGGAUAUCCUCAAAGACCCGCAGCCAAUAUAGCUCUGUCGACGGUUAAGAAGUUCCUACUCGAUAACAGAGACGCAAUGGAUAGAAUAAUCUUUUGCCUGUUUCUGAAAAGCGACAAAGACAUAUACGAGGAGUUGUUACAGAAAUAUUUUGCUAUCGAUUAAAUUACCUGCCGGCAGAUCAUUAUUUUAAAAUUAAAUUCAAGAUAAGCAAAGUAAAACUGUACGAGUGUAUAAGCCCAAUAAUAUUCAUAGAAAAAUA